CAACAGUCCCCUCCUCCCUCCCUCCAUCCAUCCAUCCAUCCUUUCCUCCAUUCAUCAGGUCUGAGAAGAGGCGGUUGAUGCUGCGGAGGGAGUCCGAGAGAUAGCGAGGACGUGCGCGAUUGAUCAGGUUCGUGGUAAUAUCGUCCACCAAACGCCAUGGGCAAAGAAAAGAUCCAUAUCAACAUCGUCGUGAUUGGACACGUAGAUUCUGGCAAGUCGACCACGACUGGGCACCUGAUCUACAAAUGUGGUGGCAUCGACAAGAGGACCAUCGAGAAGUUUGAGAAGGAAGCUGCUGAGAUGGGCAAAGGUUCUUUCAAGUAUGCCUGGGUGUUGGACAAGUUGAAAGCUGAACGUGAACGUGGUAUUACUAUUGAUAUUUCUCUAUGGAAAUUUGAAACCAGCAAGUAUUACAUUACCAUAAUUGAUGCCCCAGGGCAUCGCGAUUUCAUUAAGAACAUGAUUACAGGUACUUCACAGGCUGACUGUGCUGUACUGAUUGUUGCUGCUGGAGUAGGUGAGUUUGAGGCUGGCAUAUCCAAGAAUGGCCAGACACGGGAGCAUGCCCUGCUGGCUUACACUCUGGGUGUGAAGCAGCUGAUUGUUGGAGUAAAUAAGAUGGAUUCUACUGAGCCACCAUACAAUCAAAAGAGAUAUGAGGAAAUCGUCAAGGAAGUUAGUACCUACAUCAAGAAAAUUGGUUACAAUCCGGAUACUGUGGCAUUUGUACCAAUCUCUGGCUGGCAUGGUGACAACAUGUUGGAGCCUAGUCCUAAUAUGACUUGGUUCAAAGGUUGGAAGAUCAAUCGUAAGGAGGGUAAUGCUAAUGGAGUUACUCUUUUGGAAGCACUGGAUUCUAUCCUGCCACCACAAAGACCAACAGAAAAACCUCUUCGUCUCCCACUUCAAGAUGUCUACAAAAUCGGUGGUAUUGGUACUGUACCAGUGGGUCGUGUUGAAACAGGGGUCUUGAAACCUGGAAUGGUAGUUACAUUUGCACCUGUUAACGUCACAACAGAAGUAAAGUCUGUUGAAAUGCAUCAUGAAGCCCUCUCUGAAGCUCUGCCUGGUGACAAUGUUGGCUUCAAUGUUAAAAAUGUGUCUGUAAAAGAUGUCCGUCGUGGCAAUGUUGCUGGUGACAGCAAGAAUGAUCCACCAAUGGAAGCUGCCAAUUUCACUUCACAAGUAAUUAUCUUGAACCACCCAGGGCAGAUUGCCUCUGGCUAUGCUCCUGUCUUGGAUUGCCAUACUGCUCACAUUGCUUGCAAGUUUGCUGAGUUAAAGGAGAAGAUUGACCGUAGGUCUGGGAAGAAACUAGAAGAUAACCCCAAGUUCUUGAAGUCUGGGGAUGCUGCCAUUGUUGAAAUGAUUCCAGGCAAGCCCAUGUGUGUUGAGAGCUUCUCUGAAUACCCACCUCUGGGUCGUUUUGCAGUCCGUGACAUGAGGCAAACUGUGGCUGUUGGAGUCAUCAAGGCUGUUGAGAGGAAGGCUACUGGUGCUGGCAAAAUCACCAAGUCUGCUCAGAAGGCUCAGAAAAGCAGAUGAAUUUUACAUCUGUCAGCUGCUGCUCCAGUCUCUACAUUUGGAGGCCCUGUUUUAGAAUGGAUGAUCACAGUUUACCAUUUAAGCUCCAUAAUUAUAAAAGACUGGUUAAUGAUCAAAAUGCAUCGUAAAUACUUCAGAAGGAAAGGAUUGUGGACCAUUUCAUUAUUCUUGUAGCAGUUUUUUAAGUUGGUUUUAAAAACUACUUUUAAAUAGAAACCAAUGCCUUGGCCAGCAAUUUGGUCACAGAAAUUAAAAUAGUUAACAAAACAGAAUCUCUUUCUCAGAAUUUUCCAAGGAUUUUUUUGCCACUUGCAAUCUAAAACUACUGUUGGCUUUACUCUGAAGUAAAAUAACAGGAGUAAGCUAUUCAUCAGAAUAUAUAUAUAUUCAGUUUGGCCAUAUACAUUAGUUUGCCUUUGUUCCAUUCCAUACCACUUGACAUCAUUACAAAAAAAUAUAGUAAUUAAAUUUGUGACCAUGCAUUCAUCCUAAAACAAAAGGAUGUUAUGGUUAAAUCUAAUAUUUCAGUUAUCAAAGUGCAUGAGAUUAGUUUGCUGAAAAACAAUAGAUAAAUGCUUGUUGCAUUGUUUAUGGGAUAACCUUAUCUUGGGUUUGUUUUUUUUAAUAAAAUAUAAUGUGGACCUUGGUUGCUUUAAACUUUCCAGUUUUUGAUCAGCUGAUUCCUUGGUUUUCAUAAUUGGAUGGUCAUGCAAAGAAAGUGGAUAAUACAAAUUUUAUUUAUAGUGAAAAGACAAAGUGCUGGAGUUGAGCACUAUACCUGCCCUCUAUGUUAUUUAUUUUUUUUAAAUCACCUGUGACCAAUCUAAUCCUGAAUCUCAGUACAGUUUGUUUCAUCUUUCCUUCACAAUAACAUGAACCUUGACUGUUUGCAAAUUAAACUUGGUUAUUUGGUAAUAUGUGGACAAGUAACAAAGUACCCACCUAUUCUAAAAUAUCUACAUGCUUUCCAGAAUGUAUCACCAAGUAAAGAAAUCUACCAAAAAUCUGGGCUGUGUAUACCCCUUCUCCCUCAACAUGGUUGACUGUUGUCAUCUUCAGGGCAAUUAGGUUGAAUAGGGAAUAUAAGCUUGACCCAUCGUGUGAACAUUUGUUUAGUUUAGCUGAAACUGUGCUUUUAUAGUUGUUGAUAUUUGUUAUUGCAGUGUCAGUAUGAUGAUCUGUGAUUGACCGUUAGAACCUGUCUCCCUUUCUCUGCUGCCUGUCAUGCACAUUGUGUUGUGCCUGUUUGUGCAAAAGUUGCAAAGUAAUUUAAGGUUCAGUGUUUAAAUCUUUGUUUACCAUUAAAAAUCAAAAAGAUAUUCAACACAA